GGGCGGUGCUGCGAAAACAUGUCGUCCAUAUCGGAACUCUACGAUGUCAGUUGGGAAGAGAUGCGUGACAAACUCCGUAAGUGGAGAGAAGAAAAUUACAGGAACAGUGAGCAGAUUGUGGAUGUUGGUGAAGAACUGAUUAAUGAGCAUGCGUCUAAACUGGGAGAUGACAUUUGGAUAAUUUAUGAGCAGGUGAUGAUUUCAGCGCUGGACUGCAGUCGGGACGAUUUGGCCUGGAGUUGUCUACAGGAGCUGAAGAGGCAGUUUCCAGACAGUCACAGAGUCAAGCGAUUAGCAGGGAUGCGGCUGGAGGCUCUGGAGAGGUAUGAUGAUGCCAAUAAGCUGUAUGAUUCAAUACUACAAGAUGACCCUACUAAUACGGCAGCAAGAAAGCGCAAGAUCUCCAUUCUGCGAGCGCAGGGUAAAAUCAGUGAAGCCAUUCGUGAGCUCAACGAAUAUCUGGAGCAGUUUGUGGGAGACCAGGAAGCAUGGCAUGAGCUGUCAGAACUCUACAUCAACGAACAUGAUUAUGCAAAAGCUGCUUUUUGUCUCGAAGAGCUGAUGAUGACAAACCCACACAAUCACUUAUACUGCGAACAGUAUGCUGAGGUGAAGUACACCCAGGGUGGGCUCGAAAACCUUGAGCUGGCCAGGAAGUAUUUUGCGCAGGCACUGAAGCUGAACAACAGAAACAUGAGGGCCUUGUUCGGUCUUUACAUGUCUGCAAGUCACGUCGCUGCCAGCCCAAAAGUUAGUGCAAAGGUGAAGAAGGACAACGUGAAGUAUGCCGCAUGGGCUGCCUCUCAGAUUAGCAGAGCCUAUCAGAUGGCUGGCCGUGGGAAGAAAGAGAACAAAUGUUCAGUGAAGGCAGUUGAAGAAAUGUUAGAGUCCAUGCAGAUCACCAUGUCCUAAACCUCAGUUCUGUCCCCCCUUCCCCAAUCUCUGUCACCACAACACCAUGGCAGCUCUCCCUGCUCAUGACAGUACACCACCACCCACAGACCAGACCACCCAACCACCCCACUAUAAACUCUCUGUAUCAGUAUAAUCGUAUUUGUAUUGUUCAAGGUCUUUGGAUGGGCUUCAUACACCCCCAGCGAUUCUACACAUUUUCUCGAUUUAACCUCCAGCACUCCUUUUAUUAAUUUAUUAUGAGAAUAUCGUUGGGUUUUUGGGAGGAAAUAAAUGUGUCUGAGAUGGAAUUGUGCAUACAAGGAACAUCAAUGUUUUGUAAUGUUUUUAGUUCUGCCAGUUCUUGUUGUUUGUAAGGGACUUCAAGAUGAGUGAAGUAUGAGUGAAAUUUAAAGUAGAAUGGCCUAGACUAAAACUAUGCUAACUGUAUGUGCAACAAAACAACAUGACUGAUCUGUCACUUGACAAAAUAAAGGACUGCAGGAUUUAUUUGAC